AUGGACUUUUCCUCUUCACCUCCCGCCAGUCACCGGCGAUUCAACAUCGAGGACGACGACGACGAGCUGAGCGUAGUAACACAAUCACCCUACUUCACACAACCCACCCAAAUCAUCGGGCGAUCAGCUUCACGAGCUCCAAACCCCGCGACCUCCUCUCCGAAAUCGAUCGUCGAAGUACCUGCCUCUUCUCCGUUCCGCCCGCAAGCUGCUCAACAGCGGGGAGGCCGAAUAGCAAACCUCAUGGCUCCUGCCGGUACCGCGUUUAGGGCGCCAGCCCGUCAGACUCUGGCAAUUACAAAGACGGCACCAAAGCGGGAGUUCGUCAUGAUCUCGGAUGACGAGUUGGAUGCGCCAAUCUACGCCGGGGGGGAUUCCUCGGAUGACGACGAACCUUCCAGGGGUGAUAUUCGUCCGUCUUCAUUUCAACCCAAGGAGCCGAAGACGUCAAACUCCACGACCGGGAGCCAAUCGCGUGCUGGGAAACCUAAUUCCACGUCCGCCCCUGCGAGCUUCGUAACGAGCCCGGAAAAAUCCUAUGUCUUACAGAAAGAUUGGGUGCCACUCUCAUCCCCUACUUCGUCGCUCGAGAGCUUUGAGUCUUUGCGACAGCUUUCUCCACCGAAGCCAACCCGUCGACGCCUCGUACAAGGCCGUCGCCCACGCGCUGUUAGCCCCUCGAGCCCCGUGUUGAAGCUCAGCCAGCCCUCACCACCUCGGCCGCAAUUGAUUGACCUUGUCAGCGAUGACGACGCGGAUGAUGGGUACAAACAGCCAAAGGCAUCCCCGCAACGAGGUUCUUCGCCGGUGGAGGAUGAGGAAGAAGAUUCCUUCGACGAGCGGGUUCUAAACUACCUGAACACUUGCGACGUCAUGCAGCUUGUCGCGAUUGCGAAUGUCAAGGAGGACAGCGCGAAGCUGAUGGUCUCGCGCCAACCGUUUGGCGAUCUUGAGGAAGCCCGCAACGUGACCAUAUCGCAGAAGAAGCGCGGCAAGAAAUCAGCCAAGGUCUCUAUUGGAGACGAUAUUGUCUCGGCUGUCAGGACAUACGCGCGCGCGCUGGACGACAUAGACCACAUCAUUGCCGUGUGUGAAUCGCAAGCCGAGUCGCUCAAAGGGACAACCUCGAAAUGGAAUAUCGACCAGACUGGCCAGCUUCGCAACGACUCCAAUUCCGACGACGGAAAGCCGAUGACCCCGCUCAGCAUGGAGGACUCUACAAAGCUGGUGGAGGCGCCGCUGCGUCAACCGAGGCUCAUGGAAGGCUGCACCAUGAAGCCCUUUCAAAUAUACGGGCUCAAUUGGCUUUACCUGUUGUAUAAAAACCAGUACGGCAGCAUAUUGGCCGACGACAUGGGCCUCGGCAAAACAUGCCAGGUCAUCUCGCUCAUGUGUGCGAUCGUCGAAGCAUGGGAGCGAAACGGUCAAAAGGAAACCGACCGUCCCUGGCCAAACGUUAUCGUCGUCCCGCCGUCCACCUUGGCGAACUGGGCUGCAGAAUUCAAGAGGUUCGCCCCGAAACUCAACGUCACGCUCUACCAAGGAAGCCAGGCGGUUCGAGACGAGAUUGCCUACGAUAUCCGGGAGGACCCAUCAAGCCAUCAUGUGGUUCUGACUUCGUACACGCAACUUUCGAGGAACGACGACAUAUCCAACCUCCGUCACCUGCGGCCGAUAGUAGCGGUGUUUGACGAAGGCCACAAGAUGAAGAACCCGAAGACGAAGUUGUAUAGAGAUCUUCUGCGAAUCACCGCCACAUGGCGCUUGGUCUUGUCCGGUACACCUGUUCAGAACAACCUCAUGGAGAUGAUCGCUCUUCUCCAGUUCGUCGAGCCUAGUCUCUUCCAAGCCCACUUCGAGAAUCUGGAAGCGCUGUUCAACCAAAAAGUCUCCCUGACGGCCGUUUCCAAGGGGGCGCUGUUACAUAGCGAGCGGGUUGCGCGUGCCCGAACAAUUCUUGAGCCCUUCAUCCUUCAGCGGCGGAAGGAACAGGUACUUCAGGACUUGCCGCCCAAGACGACCAAGGUUGUCACUUGCAAGAUGGAUCCGGUCCAGGAAGCCAUUUAUCGGGGCUACGAGAGGCGGUUUAGGAAGUCUGACUCCCAGGAGGCCAGCACCGGCGUGAAAGAAGGCCGUGAAAACGAUACGAACAACGUUUGGAUCCAGCUGCGGAAAUCGGCCAUCCACCCACAACUGUUCCGGCGGUUCUUCAAGGAUCGCGAUGUCCAGAAGAUAGCCGAGGUCUUGAUGAAGAGGGUCCCUCAGGCAGAGUUGAAGCAGCCAAAGCUGGAUCAUCUCACAAACGAGCUCAAGGCUCUGUCUGACUUCGAGCUACACCUCUGGUGCAGAGACUACAAGUGCAUCAAGGGAUAUGAUCUCCCUGACGACUCCUGGACGGAUUGUGCCAAAGUCAAGGCACUGCUAGAACUGGUUCGGGGAUAUCAGGCAAAUGGGGACCGCGCACUCGUCUUCACCCGGUUUGCUAAAGUGAUUGAGAUUCUCGGAGAGUGCCUCGCGUCGGAAGGCAUUGAAUAUCUGUCCCUUCAAGGAAACACCGAUGUCAGCGCACGGCAGGAGCUGAUCAACGAGUUCAAUGCCGACGAAUCCAUCCCUGUCUUCCUCCUCACGACAGGGUCUGGGGGCACGGGCAUCAACCUGACGGCGGCAAACAAGGUCAUCAUCUUCGACCAAUCCGACAACCCGCAGGAUGACCUCCAAGCCGAGAACCGAGCCCAUCGGCUGGGGCAAACUCGGCCGGUCGAGAUCAUCCGGCUCAUCAGCGAGGGAACCGUCGAAGAGCUCGUGUACAAGGCAUGUGAGAAAAAGCUCGAGCUCGCCAACAAGGUCGUUGGGUGGAACACGGUCGACAUGACCUCUGGCGAGAUGGAGUCGGCGGUAAAGAGUCAGCUGCUACAGCAGGCUCCUUCGACGCCUCCGGACGAGGAUUGAUAUCGGGUAUUUAAAGAAGGCUUCUUUUCGGCUGCACAUAAGUUUCAGCCCGCCUGCCGCCACAAGACAACAUCGGCUAUCUCAGGAGAGACCUCUACGGCGACGAUGUUUGGGUCGGGGACCAUCACACAUGUCCCGCCCACCCGAAUUUGCUCCUUUGGCUUCGACCCGCUUUGCUUUCCGUUUCGUUAGGCAUUUACAGGGAGCGCGGUUCUGCUUUUUAGUCCCUGUGGUGUUGCAUGAUCAGGUAUUGGGAUACACCCGGAGCAGCAUCGGCCAGACGGGUCGGGACUUGGGGUAUGGAGGCACAAGUCCCGCCAGGACGCUGGCCGGCGCAGGUAAAAGGCCAUAUUUCCCCACGAAGCGUCUCUACAACAAUACAUAGACUACUACCUAGACGAGGUAGCUUAGAGACAAUUAGAUAUAGAAUUCUGGGACCUGGAAAUGACAGCGGUCGAUUUUGGCAUAUUGCCGGAGAGUUCUAAAGUGAU